CCUGUUUGAGCCGGAGCAUACAGAUGAGGAACUUAGAUGCUGAGCGGGCGAGAAGAGAGGUUGAAUCCUCCGCUCACAUUUUGCUCCUCCUUCUUCCUUCCUUCCGCUGUCUUCGUUGGUUUAUUUAUACACGCGAAACACGUUCUCUGGCUGGCUGGAUUGUCCGCUCGGUCUGCCGUACAUACAUGGCGGCGCAAGAUGGCGACCUCUCUAAAGCAUUGUACACUUAUAUAAACAUAUUAAUGGGUAGAAUAUUCAGAUUCAGAUUUGAUAAUAAACCAGGCCAAAUAUUACACACUGGCCCUUUAAAGGCUCAUGUUUGGAUUUAUUCAAAACUCAAUAUCAAGAUCAAUAGGGAAAUUGAAAGACAAACUGGUCUAUUAACUAUUACUAUAUCGUACAAAUUAGUAUAAUUAGGCCAUAAUGAAGUGUUAAAUAGAAGAAGAAAGUAAAAAAGUAAAUUAUGAUGUUAAAAUUGCAUUCAAAAAUGAAAAAUGAAAUUAAAAUUCCAAAAAUGGAAAAUAGAAAAGCUUCAAUGUAAAAGUUGUAGCAUGUAAUGUACAGGAAAAACAAAAACAUAUAAGACAAUUUAAAAGGAAAAAUGAGCUUUGUCAUUUUUCAGGCAUUGUUUUUUGACUGAAAAGAAUAGAUGGCAGUGCAAAAUAUGAGAUUUUUCAUUUCAAUGCAAAAAAGUGAAACAAAAAGUGUGUAAGGGGGACAGAUAACCACCUAAAUCUAUAUUUGAAAUAACUCUUCUCUUAAUCUAUUUUCACCUGUACUCUACAAAUUUUGACAUGCACAUGAAUCUAAGAGCUUCAGACGCCAUCAGAGACCAUCAGGGAAUAUCAGAGACCAUCAAAGGCCAUCAGAGACCACCAGAGACCAUCAGAGACCACCAGAGACCAUCAGAGAUCAUCAGAGGACAUCAGAGAUCAUCAGACACCAUAGGAAAACAACAGAAACCAUCAGAGACUAUCAGAGGUUAUCAGAGACUAUAAGAGACCAUGAGAGACUACAGGAGACGAUCAGAUGCCAUCAGAUCCUAUCACAGGCCACAAGAGACCAUGAGAAACCAGCUGAGACCAUCAGAAGCCAUUAGAAGCCACCAGAUACGAUCAGAGAUCACCAGAAAAUGUCAUAGGCCAUCACAGACCACCAGAGGCCAUUAGAAACCAUCAGAUGACAUCAGAGGACAUUAAAGAGCAUUAGAGACCAUUUGAGAUGAUCAGAGGCCAUCAGAGACCAUCACAGAUCAUCAAAGAGUAUCAGAGAUCAUCAAAGACGACCAGAGACCAUCAGAGACCAUCAGAGGAAAUCAGAGAUCAGAGGAAAUCAGAGACAAUCAGAGGCCAUCAAAUGACACCAGAGACCAUCAGAGGCCAUCAGAAGCCACCAGUUACUGACUAUUAAAGAGUAUCAGAGACGACCCCACACCACCAGAGACUAUCAUAGGCUUUCAGACACAUUAGAGAGUAUCAGAGACCAUCAGAGGCCAUCAGAGGUCAUCAGAAGCCACCAGUUAUGAUCAGGGACUAUCAAAGACGAUCACAGAUCACCGGAGAAUAUCAGAGGCCAUCAGAGACCAUCAGAGGCUAUCAGAGACAUAAGGGGCCACUAGAGACCACCAGAGACCUUUGAGAUGAUCAGAGGCCAUCAGAGACCAUCACAGAUGAUCAAAGGGUAUCCAAGACCAUCAAAGAUGAUCAGAGGCCAUCAGAGGAAAUCAGAGACCAUCAGAAGCCACCAGAUACCAUCUGAGACUAUCAGAGACCACCAUAGAUCUCCAGAGAGUAUCACAAGCCAUCAGAGGCCAUCAGAUGCCGUCAGAGAUGAUCACUCACCACCAGAGACCAUCAGAGGCUAUCAGAGACCACCAGAGGCCAUCAGAGACCAUCAGGAGACAUCAGAAGCCACCAUAGACCAUCAGAGGCCAUCAAGGGCCACCACAGACCAUCAGAGACGACCAGAAAACCUAAGAGACCAUCAGAGCUCAGGAAAGAGUAUCAGAGACAAUCGCACACCACCAGAGACUAUCAUAGGCUUUCAGAGACAUUAGAGAGUAUCAGAGAUCAUUAGAGACCAUCAGAUGCAAUCAGAGGCCAUCAGAGAUCAUUAGAGACCAUCAGAUGCCAUCAGAGGCCAUCAGAGAUGAUCGCUCACCACCAGAGACCAUCAGAGGCUAUCAGAGACCACCAGAGGCCACCAGAGACCACCAGGAGACAUCAGAUGACAUCAGAAGCCACCAGAGACCAUCAGAGGUCAGCAGAGACCAUCAGAGACAAUCACAUACCACCAGAGACAAUCAUAGGACUUCAGAGACAUUGGAGAGUGUCAGAGACCAUAAGACGUCAUCAUGGACCAUCAGGGACUAUCAGAGACCAUCACAGAUCACCACAGAGUAUCAGAAGCCGUCAGAGACCAUCAGAGGCAAUCAAAAGACAGCAGACACCAUCAGCGAUGAUUUCACACCAACAGAAACCAUGGUGUUGAUCAGCAAGAUGGCGCCUGUCUGUAUGGCUGGCCGUCUGCUGCUCCCACUUUGGCUGGCAUUUUUGUUGUUUUUAAUCCUUGGCACUGUACAGAUGAAGUUUCUGCCGGUGUAUGAUCGCCAAUCCCUCUUAGAUCUGAGACAUAAUGUCAGAGAUCUAGGUGUAUUUGAUCACGGUGGACAGAAAACUCUGCCCCCACUCCUGUCGGAAAUCCCGACUCACCUUUACCGGGCCUCGGCUCUACCUCCUUGGCGGAAGCGUCUCCGUCGCUGCGGUAAACGCGGCGGUUGGCUGGUGAAGCUGAAGGUCUGCCUGGCACGAUCUUUGUCCAUUUCCCGGUCAGAACAUGGAUUAUCCCUUCCCUUCGCUGUGCCCCGGCGUUUCCUGGACCCGAUCGAUGCCUGCCUGGUACCUGUCUGGUUGAGGGAUUCCGGCCCCGCCGCCCCUGCUCUCCCCGGCUCUCUCAGAAUCACGGUGAAUCUCCGGAACCUGAAGACACUGCUCCGGGCUCCCCGAUCCGCCGAAACACAGGCCCCGGCUCCUGCCAGGAUUGGCCUGGUAAAUGCCAGAUCACUGGCAAACAAAACUUUUAUCCUGAGGGAUUUCUUCAGCUCCCGUGGCCUGGAUUUUCUCUGUGUGACAGAGACUUGGAUCGGUGCUGGUGAGUGCAGCGCUCUUGUCGAACUUUUACUGGCUGGUUGUUCUUAUUUUAACUCCCAGCGGACGACUGUUUAUAAAACUGACUUUAAAUGUAAGCAGUGCGCUGUGUCAUUUUCCUUCUCCAGCUUCGAAGCGACUUUAUUUGAGGUGGGUCGCUCUGACCCGGUGAUGUGCGCUGUCAUCUACCGGCCCCCCAAGUACAAUAAGGACUUUGUGAAAGACUUUUCGGAUUUUCUGGCUGAAAUCAUGCCAAACUACGAUCGUGUCCUUUUUCUUGGGGAUUUUAAUAUUCAUGUGUGCUGUCCUGAUAAGCCGUUGGUGAAGGACUUUUUAAGCCUUAUUGACUCUUUUAAUUUGGUGCAGUGUGUGUCUGGUCCCACACACGAACAUGGUCAUACAUUAGAUCUCGUUCUUUCUCAUGGUUUGUCUGUAUUUAACUUGGAGAUCUGUGAAAAUGUCGUUUCUGAUCAUAUGCCCGUAUUGUUUGAAGUUGGUUUCUCUUGUACUGCAGUUGAAUCUUGCACUCCUGCUCAGCGCUGUUGGACUUUUAACCCUUCCACUGCUGGUCAGUUGUCUGCUGCAUUCAACCAGCUCUGUGUCCCCUCUGACUCAAUGCCUGCUAACAUGGAGGAGCUCAGCUCCUGAUUCCACUCCUCCUGCCGAACCAUUCUGGACUCUGUGGCUCCAUUAAAAACAACGCAGCCUAAAGUGAAACCCGAGCCCUGGUUCAGUGACAGAACUCGUGCAGCUCGACGGGAGUGCCGCAAAGCUGAACGCAGGUGGAAGAAGGACAAGCUGCAUGUUUCAAUCUAAAUCUUAAAGGACUGUUGGCAUCGUUAUCAGAACACUGUUAAAGAAACCAAAAGAGAAUACUUGUCAAACCUCAUUGUGUCAAAUAGCCAUAACCCUCAUGUGUUACUCAAAACCAUUGACUCUGUUUUAAAUGCCCCACAGUCUGUCUGCUUGGAAGCAUCCCCUGAGCUGUGCAAUAACUUCCUGCACUCUUUCAUUGACAAGGUUGUUAACACAAGGGCUCUCAUUUCAGCUCCUGCCUCUGACCCCUCUGUCUCUGUCCCUUGCCCGGCUGUGCUUGAUAAAUUUGAGCUUGUGACUUUGUCAUUUUCAGAGGAUGUGGUUGGCCAUAUCAAGCCAUCAGGUUCCCCUUAUGUGCUGCUGAAGAAGAGAGAUGCUUUCUCCCUACAGCCGUUUCUGUCAUGUCUUGAUGACAUUAAAGCCUGGAUGGCCUUAAACUUUGUCAAAUUUCAAUGAAAAGAAAACAGAGAUGAUGGUGUUUGGUCCAAAUGGCUCUAUAUGGCACUAUAUGUGAAGCCAACAGUUUCUAACUUGGGUUUUAAGAUGGACAGUGAUUUUAAAUUGGAGCGUCAAAUUAGUGCAGUAGUUAAGUCCAGCUUCUUUCACCUUAGGCAGCUGGCAAAGGCGAAGCCUUUUCUUGCACAACAGCACUUUGAAAUAGUAAUCCAUGCCUUCAUCACGUCCCGGCUGGAUUACUGUAAUGCACUUUAUUUUGGAGUCAGCCAGUCUUCCCUCGCACGUCUUCAGUUGGUUCAGAACGCUGCUGCUCGGCUCUUAACUGGAGCACGUAAGAGCGAACAUAUUACGCUCAUUCUGGCCUCCCUCCACUGGCUGCCUGUGCACUUUAGAGUUCAUUUUAAGAUUCUUUUAUUAGUUUUUAAAUCUUUCAAUGGUCUCGCCCUGCCUUACCUCUCUGCUUCAUCCCUACGCUCCUGCUCUGUGUCUCAGGUCAGCUGAUCAGCUGCUCCUGGAUGUAUCGAGGUCUAAGCGGAAGCUCAGAGGGGGCAGAGCCUUUUCUGUAGCGGCUUCCAGAUUGUGGAACGAUUUACCUCUCCACAUUAGACUGGCCCCCUCACUGUCCGUUUUUAAAACCAGUCUUAAAACCCAUUUUUGCUCCUUGGUUUUUAACCCAGCGUGAGACUCUGCUCUUGUUUUACUGUUUUAUUGUUUUUAUUAUUCGUCUUAUGUUUUUAUUUUUGUACAGCACUUUGUUUUAGCUGUGCAUGUUUUUAAAGUGCUCUAUAAAUAAAGUUGAGUUGAGAAACCAUCAGAGGCUAUCAGAGACAUUAGAGAGUAUCAGAGACCAACAGAGGUCAUCAGAGACCAACAGAACCAUCACAGAUCAUCAAAGAGUAUCAGAGACCAUCAGAAGCCACCAGUUACAAUCAGAGACUAUCAAAGACAAUCACAGAUCACCGGAAGAUAUCAGAGGACAUCAGAGACCACCAGAGGUCAUCAGAGGCUAUUAGAGACAUUAGAGAGCAUGCAAGACCACCAGACACCACCGGAGGCCAUUUGAAAUUAUCAGAGACCACCAGGGACCAUGAGAGGCCAUCAGAGACCGUCAGAGACUAUCAGAGGCCACUGGAGACCAUCACUCAUCAUCCUAAAGUAUCAGAGACCAUCAGAGACUAACAGAGAACACCACAUAUCAUCAAUGAGUAUUAGAGACCGUCAGAGGCCAUCAGAGACCACCAGAGGCCAUCAGGGACCACCAGAGACCAUCAGAGACCAUCAGAGUUCAUCAGAGUCCACCAGAGGCCAUCAGAGGCCAUCAGGGACCACCAGAGACCAUCAGAGAUAAUCAGAUACCACCAGAGGCCAUCAGAGUAUCAGAGACCACCAGAGAGUAUCACAGAUUAUCAGAAAGUAUCAGAGACCAUCAGAUACCACCAGAGAUCAGCAGAGGCCAUCGAAGACUAUCACAGACUGACACAGAUCAUCAGAGACAAUCAGAGCCCACCACAGAUUGCAAAUUUGCGGGCAUUUUGUUUUCAUGUUGUAAGGCUGGUGUAGGCUAAUGUGUGUGAGAAGGGGGAAAGUCUGAAAGUGAGUGAAUAGUUAACUGCGAGGAUCAUGUCAUCUACUCUCGUCAGUAGGCUCGUUAGAGAUAAACUGCGCCUCGCCUGCAAAGUGUACGAGAGCAGGCAGCUGCAGCAGGAGGUGGUGACAACGAGCUGCAAUCAAGUUGGAGGCUGAAUCCAAACGUCCACCCUCUGGACUUGCAGACUGAGCCCUCGCGGACUUCAGCUGUACGUAGUGUGAUGUGUUUACUGUCAUCAUUUAAAGUCUGUGACGGCAGAGACUGCAGGUGACAGCCCUUGAGACUGCUUGACUCGUUGCCGUGGAAAGGUUCAACUAUUGCUGCUGUCAUAUUUAUAUAUGUCAUAUAAGUUGAUGAACAGUGCCUACUCAUCUGUUGCUGAUUAGGGCUGCCACUAACAAUUAUUUUCAUUGUCGACUAAUCUGUCGAUUAUUUCUUCGAUUAGUAGACUAAUCAUUUCAUCGAAAAAUGUGUUCAAAUGUUGAAAAAUGUCGGUCUAUCUCGCCCAAACCCCAAAAUUACGUCAUCUAAUGUCAUGUUUCAUACUCACGCCAAAGGGUUUUAGUUCACUGUCACGGGAGAGUGUGUAAAGCUGCCAAUAUCUGAAACUAAGAAGCUGCAGUAAGAGUAUUUUGGGGUACUUUUAUAGUACUUUUCUAUGAAAAAUGACUCAAACCGAUUAGUCGACUACUAAAAUAGACGAUUAUUUUAAUAGUCGAUUAGUCAUCGAUUAGUCGACUAAUCGUGGCAGCCCUAUUGCUGAUAACGAGUUAUAAAUCCCAUGUAUAGCCUUUUUUUGUGACUAAACAAGGAUGCAUUAAUACAUCUUUAUAUAACAGGUGACACGUGUUCAAAAAUAGAAAUCUUUAUAAAUAAGGACAGGAAUAUAUAUCAAUAAAUUGGGUAUUUACUUAAAUGAGAAACCUUCUUUUGUUGUUUUUCGGCCAAUUUUUUUCACCUAAUAAACUGCUCAGUCUGAAAGGCCGCAAUAAUAAAAUGCAUUUUCAGUCCCUCUACGGCCUAGAUUUAUACAUAUUUCUGUGUCAUGACGUGGUCGAAUAUUAUUUCUGGCUGACACAAUUCAAGUAAAAUUUUAACAGGCCUAACUAUCAAUAACUAUUUUACACAUUCAUAAGGUUUUUUCGGCAGUUGAAAAACCCACAUCAUCACGUCUGUAUUGCAAUGAAUUGUGGGUUAUUAAAUCAGUGUCUGAUUCUGCUGAAGUCUACUGCCCAAGCAGACUCUCUGGAAGUCUGCAGAAAGUCCACUUGAGGCCGCUUGUGGACUGGCUGAAUUGUGGAUUUGGAGCCCUCAGCACUCCCAGACUUUCCGGGAAUGUGCCUGCAAAGUCGACGAGUCUGCAAGUGCGGUGAAGUCCAGACAUUUGGGCUAAAUCCAAAUGAAUCCAAACUCCUAUAUCAGUUUGUUCUCAGUCUCCAAUUAUUUUGAUUAGGAUAGAUUCAUUUAUUAAAAUGCUUUACAGGCGAUAUGUAAUUUAUGUUCAUGGUUCAACCUCCAUUUUACAUGAAUUCUCCUGUAAAUCAGCAUCAUAUGAGUUUGCUGCUGCAGAGCAGACCUGUCCCCUCAACUACAGAGGCUAAAUAAAUUGUGUCUUGACUGUAAGGUUAAUAUUUUCAGAGGAAAAAAAUACAAGACAACAGCUUUCAUUAAAGAUCAGUCAGAUAUAGUCAGGGCUUCACAUCUGUACAGAUAUCCUUUUAAGAAUCCUCACAUCCCACUGACCACAAGUCUCUGUGUUGCUAAUUACUUCAUGAUGUUUGGACUUAAAACAGUCCAACGUUAAUAUACAGUAGACUACAUAUAGUUUAUGAUACAGUUAAAAUGGCCAAAAAUGUGAAUAACUGUGUUGCAGGACGAUUUAAGGUUAGCCCCUACAUUUUCUGCUUGUGCUCCUAAAAUUUUUCAGUUAGGGGCUACAGUGCUCCUACUAAAAAAAGUUAGUCUGGAGCCCUGCAUUUCCAUAAAAAUAGGGCUACCUUCUUGAAGGUGUGUCCUUAACUGAUGAUGGCUUGUCUCGAGUGAUGAUGUUUCAAAGUAGAGUGCUGAUCCAUGGCUAAAAUCCCUUCUUAUUUUUGCUGCAUGUGUUUUUCCACAGCAGGGCAGGUAAAAGAAGUUUACCUGUUGGAGGUGAGCUGUUUGUAGAGGUGCAGUUAGAGCCUGUUGUCUGCAGCUCUAAAUCUAACAUCUCACUGUGGCUGUUUGUGCUUUUACUCUUCCUCCCUGCUGUAUUAUUAGAUUUGCCUUAAUUAAAGAAAAGCUGUUAAAGUUCUGCUAAUUCAGUUAUAACACAUUUCUUUUCUUCUCCACAGACAUUAGCUAGCACUAGCUAGCAAGUUCUGUUGGCUUGUUUGAGACAGUGGAGGAAGAUGAUAAACGUGGUGCAUUCAGGGAUACUCAGUCCAAGUGCCGGAGAGCACUCUGGCACGAACUGGACGUUAGUAAAUUUGUAAAACUGACACAAUGUACUGUUCAGUUAUCCAGAGCACCACACUCUCGGAGUGGCAGAGUACUCUCAGCACUCCAUCUGGAGAGAUGGAGCAGCAGACUGCCGAGCAAACCGCAAGUGUUACUUGAAUAAGUAAACACUGACCAACGUGACCAGACUGGCCGACCCGUAUGCUCUCACUCAGUGGAUGGAUGAUUUGACAGGAUUGCUGAAGGUGGGAAGGCUGGCUUUGUGGAUGAUUACUAUGCCAGUCUUACAAAGGAGGACAACACUUUUAAAGAUUUCCUCCAGUUUGUUUAGCUUUCUAAUGUUAGCUAAUGCGCUAAAAAGUUAGUGUUUGGAGACAUCCAAUAUUCCUCUUAAUACCUCCCCAACUUC